AUGGCGGCGCCGGUUCCGGAGAAAAAUUCGAGUCAAUUUGUCUCGUUACUAAGUCAAUUAUUAUCUACGAACAAUUCCGAAAAAGUUAUAGAAAUUAUCCAAGACAAGGAAAAUAAGCAGAUCAUAAAAGAUGAAAGUUGGGAAAUUGUGAGAGUUGCUUGUGAGUAUUUGACAUUAGAUACUUACCUCAAAUCACGAUCGCUUUUCAACAGCUGUGAGACCGUUUUGGAAGAAAUUGCCAGAGUUGCUCUGCCAGAAGAAGCAUUAUUAGAAUUCCUUGAGCAAAUUGAGUCACCCGAUAGUGAUGAAAAGUUUUCUGCACUGUUGAAACCUUUACAAAUAGUUCUUUUGCAGCUAACAAAAAGGAAAGAACAAUCCCUGAGUUGGUGUUUGAGUACCAUUAAGACCUACAUUAAGGGAGUACCCAUUCCAGAAAAUCAGAACUUGGAAGGAAAUGAAAAACUAUUAAUGGAUGCUGAUCCAAAUGUGCAACGUAUAAAUGAUUUAUAUUCACGAAUUAGUGUGUUUUAUAAACCCUUUAUUGAAAAUGUUGCUCGUGAAGUUCAUGGUGAUAUACCAGAGAAAGAAGUUAUUGAGAAACAAAGACAAUUGUUAAUAUCAUUCCUCCUUCACAUACUUGAGAAACCCCUUGUUUAUCUUGAUUUGGAAUGGAAUUCUGAAGGUGCUAAAAGCUCAGCUCGAGUGUCAGCAGAGGAGAUUGUGUUCUGCCUUGGAUGCAUCAUGCCAGAUGUAUUGAUGUUUUUGGAUUAUGAUGGGCCAAUUAAUGAGUCUUCUGAAGAUGAUGAUGCAGAAGUCAGUUCAAAUUUGGAUGGAAGCCUUCACUAUUUUAUCAGGGAAGAUAAGGUGCCGACAAUGUCUUUGUCAGUUCUGUACUACUUGAUAUUUGCUGAGGGAUUACUGCAGCAUUUGCUACCAAUAGUGUAUGAUCCUGUGUUUGUGUUUCGUUCAUGCUUGCAUCAUGCUAGUGUUUUGUUAAAAAAUCCAGAAGUAAUGAUUCUGAAGAAAGGACUCCUCCUUAGUCAAGCAGUUAUUCAGAAAUUGCCUGAUAAGAAAAUACUUUCCAUUGAGUUGGAACAUCCAAGUUACCGCCAAUUUGUUGAUGUUCUCACCCAUGCUAUGGUGUAUUGUGGUGUUGAAGAGUGUCGAAAACUUGCUGGAACAAUAUUUAAAUCCUUUUUAUUUAAAUUUGAUACUAAAGGCAGAUACCUGUUGAUGUGCAACCUGCAAAAAACUGUCAAUCAUUCAGGUACACUUGGUUAUAUAAUAACAUUACUAAAAGAUAUGAUAAGACAAGAAAUUGCCCAGAAAGAUUUACCAAAUUUCUUUCAAGGUAAAUGCUUAUAUGAUCUUGUAACAGGAUACUGUCGUUUACCCAAUGGCGCCGAGAGCGAUUUGGUGGAAUUAGCAGAUGAGAUAAUAUCUGCUCUAAAUCUCUUGCGGUUUUUGUUAUUACAUGAUGAAAAGAAUGAAACCUGUAUAUGGGACCACAUCAAAUCAUUUGAAAAGGGUUACUUUGAUCCUUUGCGAGAGGGCUUGAAACUGUCACGAGCACAUUAUAAACUUAAAUUGCGUGAACUGAGCGAAGAAAGACAAAAGGCUCCUGGAAAACGAUCAGAAGUAACUAUUACGGUUGGCUGUCAGCAGUUACCUGAUGUCCCUUAUGACCAAAAAGUGUUUCUAAUAAAUUCGGCUCUGAAUGCAUUUGACCUGAUGGAGUGUUUGUUAAGCCAUAUUAAUGAAUGUAUUGAAGCAAAAGUGUCCCAUUAA